GCGUGAGCGCUCUGCAGAUGUUCAGAGAGGGACUGGUUGUUAUCGGUAUGCUGACCACCGCGACACGUCGCCUUUAAUGUUCCGUACGUUAGCUGCGAGUUCCACCUCUUGGUUCUGAACUGAAUUUGGACAAAGUGGCUGAUUUGUAGCUCACUAGCAGCGGGCCAGCAGCAGCUGCAGUGGUUAGCCGUAGCCCUGAAUGCUGGCUACCCGGUAUGCUAGCUGCUAGCGCGUCUUUGAGCUGUCCGCUAGAUGCUAAUGUUGAUGCUGCUUCGCCGCUAGCCUCGUAUAGCCUCAGAAACGUAUACUGCGGAGUGAAACAAAUUCUGGCUAUUAGCUGGUGUCUUCUUGCCUGGUUUGGGUUUGAUAGCAUCACACACAAUGUCGAAAAUGAUGUACAAGUCAUCACAACAGUACUGUGUUAUGAUUGUCUCGACCGCAAAUCAAAGAUAACGAUACACAAAUCAAAACAGUGUCGGCACCACACACGUCUCCAGCGCUUCUCAAAGGACCGACACGGAUAACAUAUUAUAAAGGUCUGUUUGACUUGCUGCGCAAAAGAACCACCUUCAGCCAGUCGCAGCGCAUCAUUGCGUGUCCGGUUUGAUUCAUCUCCACCACUGACUUCAUCCUCCCGAAGAUGAAGCUGAAGGAGGAUAUGAACCCCCUGCUGCUGCAGGUCUUCCGCUCCGUCGUCUGGGUGUACUCGGUCAUCACCUUCAUACCCUGGUACUUCUUCUCCGGAGCCGGCAACAACUUGGAACGGGCUCGCCGGAUCAAGGCGUGCUCGGUCAGCGGACACCCGGCGGGGCCUUACAGGGCCGUCAACAGCCAGGAGAAGCUGGCGGCAUGGCUGCACCCCAGUGUGGACACGCUGGACAAGAUGUUUGAGUACGCUGCGAGUCGGUUUCCGAAGAGAGACUGUCUGGGCACGAGGGAGGUGCUCAGUGAGGAGGAUGAGCUCCAGCCCAACGGCAAGGUCUUCAAGAAGGUAAUACUAGGAAACUAUAACUGGCUGUCGUACGAGGAAACCUACGAGGCGGCAAAGAAUUUCGGCAGUGGCCUGGCAGCGCUCGGCCAGAUGCCUCAGUGUAACAUCGCCAUCUUCUGUGAGACCAGAGCAGAGUGGAUGGUAGCAGCACUAGCCUGCUUCAUGUACAAUUUCCCACUGGUGACCCUGUAUUCCACUCUCGGACCCACGGCCAUCGCGCACGGCCUGAACGAGACGGAGAUCACGCACAUCAUCACGAGCAAAGACCUGCUCCAGAGCCGUCUCAAGGCCAUAGUGUGUGAUAUGCCGAGACUGCAGUACAUCAUUGUAGUCGACAGUAAACCCACAAGCUGGCCGAACAUUCCCAGAGGCAUCAUGGUCUACAGCAUGGAUGCUGUGAAGGAGAUGGGAUCCAAGCCUGACAACAUAGCUGUAGACCGCAGACAGUCGGAGUCCUCUGACAUCGCGGUCAUCAUGUACACCAGCGGCUCCACGGGCAUCCCCAAGGGUGUCAUGAUCUCCCAUGGCAACAUCAUUGCUGGCAUCACUGGCAUGGCUGAGCGACUCCCUAACCUCAAUGAGACGGACACGUAUAUUGGCUACCUGCCGUUAGCGCACGUUUUGGAGCUCAGCGCUGAACUCGUGUGCAUCUCGCACGGCUGUUGCAUCGGCUACUCCUCCCCUCAGACUCUAGCUGACCAGUCUACCAAGAUAAAGAAGGGCAGUAAAGGGGACACCAGUGUGCUGAAACCUACUCUCAUGGCUGCUGUACCAGAGAUCAUGGAUCGAAUCUACAAGAAUGUGAUGACCAAAGUCGAGGAGAUGAGCAAACUCCAGAAGACGCUCUUUGUGCUGGCGUACAACUACAAGAUGGAGCAGAUCUCCAAGGGCUACAGCACGCCUCUCUGUGACAGUCUGGUGUUUAAACGGGUGCGUGCGCUCCUGGGAGGGAACACGCGGGUUCUGCUUUCUGGCGGAGCUCCGCUCUCCGCUGCCACACAGCACUUCAUGAACAUCUGCCUGUGCUGCCCUGUGGGGCAGGGCUACGGCCUGACGGAGACCUGUGGAGCCGGCACCAUCAGCGAGAUUUGGGACUACAGCACAGGGCGGGUUGGUGCUCCACUGGUUUGCUCAGAGAUCACGCUGAAGGACUGGGAGGAGGGUGGUUACUACAGCACAGACAAGCCCAACCCCCGGGGGGAAAUUUUGAUCGGCGGUCCGAAUGUAACGAUGGGCUACUACAAAAACGAAACCAAGAACCGGGAGGAUUUUUUUGUCGACGAGCGCGGCCAGAGAUGGUUCUGCACGGGAGACAUCGGAGAGUUCUACCCUGACGGAUGCCUUAAGAUCAUCGACCGUAAGAAGGACCUGGUGAAAUUGCAGGCAGGCGAGUACGUCUCUCUAGGAAAAGUGGAGGCUGUUUUGAAGAACUGCUCACUCAUAGACAACAUCUGUGCCUAUGCCAACAGUGACCAGUCGUACGUGAUAAGCUUCGUGGUGCCCAACCACAAGCAGCUAAUGGUGCUGGCGGAGCAGCUGCAGGUGAGGGGCACAUGGGAGGAGAUGUGCAACAACUCCCAGAUGGAGAAAGAGGUCCUACGCAUCAUUACCGAGGCCGCUCUCUCAGCACAAAUGGAGCGAUUUGAGAUCCCCAAGAAGAUCCGUCUGAGUGCUGAGCCCUGGACGCCGGAGACCGGGUUGGUCACCGACGCAUUCAAACUGAAACGCAAGGAGCUGAAAACACACUACCAAGACGACAUUGAGAGGAUGUACGGUGGAAAAUAACACACACAAACGCACUCCAAACAACGUGUGUGUGUGUAUAUAUGUGUGGGUGUAUAUAUAUAUACAUAUACACUUACUUGCACACAUACACAAGGAGCUCAGAAGCCACUAUACUUGGAAUAUUUGUAGAGGAGUUAUACUUUAGAUACAAGGUAACAAUCACCCAUCAUUACAGUAAAGAGCGUCUCAUGCAAAGCCUCCUCAGCUUCCAUACGACCAGCUUCGAUCAAAAUCCAGCUUCAUGCUCUCUGUCGAGACCAGAAGGCAGAAGGUCCCUCACAGACGACUGAACCAGCCGGACAUGGACACACUCUCUGUCUCCGGUCCCCUUUGAUGGAUUUAGACCUUUUGAGUUGUUACGACAACCGUGAAUGGCGCACAAAGUCGGACGUCCGCGUGACUCGAAGCGAAACAAAUGUCAGGCUCGACGUAUAUCUGGAUCAAUGUCAGCGCGCCCUCUUUGUUGCUUCUCUUCUUCCCACCCCCCCAUCGCCGCCCCCCCCCCCUCUGCUGUUUGGAGCCUUCCAGCAGCUCUGCAUGGUCGUGGACUUGUGGUGCAGAUACCUGGCAGCAUGAGCCUGACGGAGGGAUCCCUCCUGUGCUUUAAGUAAACGGUCAGGUUGGAAUCAAUGCAGGGAUCUCUAUUAUAUAUAUUUUUUAAUGUUGUCACUAUGUUUUCUUCAUGUUUGGUUUGUCAGCUUUGAAACCCAUUGACGAGUAUUUUUGUGUGUUGAGGAACCGUUGUUGCAAAGCCACGAGAGAUUGAGCAUGAAGAUGUUUUUUAAUGUUAUUUUAUGUUUGUAACAUUCUGAGGGUUUUUACUUUUUUCAUCGUCCUGGUUUUUUUUUUAUUGCCAAUUUGUUUAUGCUAAUGUACUUUUAUGAGCUUUGUUUACAAGCUUCCUUUUGUUGUUAUCUUUUCCUCCCUUUUUUUCUGUCCGUGUCCCACAGUUUGCACGUUUUAUUGUGUGUUUACUGACUGGACUCGUAGAAGCGAGUCUCCUCUGCUCUCGGCCUUUGCUGCAGUCGUAAAAGGCAUCCAUUGGGACUGUUUCCAUCCCUGCUCUUCUUUAUUUCUCCCACCUUCGCAGCCCCUGGAUGCAUCCUAACCGGUGUCUUAUUGGUUAUUUUGUUGGUUCAUUGACAUACCGUAGCCCUGCCACGUAUUCCUCCAGUCAUGACCAAUGCACUGUAUGGAUGUCUCCAAGGAAACUUUGCUCAGCUUAGAAAAACAGUUACAUCAGUUCACCCAGUUACAUUUUGGCACAACUGUACAAGUUAUCUUUUCUUGUUGCCAUAGGGCUAGUUACUUUUGUCUUUUUUUUACUUAUGAAUAUGAACUACAAAAUUAAUGUGCAAUAUUUAUAAACAAAUUUUAAACUCAACUAUAUAGGAAGGGGAAAAAAAAAACCCUGCUUACAGCCGCCCCUCCAUAGUGUAUGAAUGUUUAGGCCUUUUGCUCGUAUGGGACGACCUGUAGGAAAACAAGCAUAGGAAUAAAGAAGGUGGUAGAGAGACACUGUGCUUAACAAUGUAAAGUCCUCGAAUGAUGUAAUGCUUUUUAAUAAGACUGUAAAGUGGGAGAAAAAAAAACAUACUUGGCAUUGUACAAAUUGCAUGCUGAAAAGUGUGCAAAAGCACCAAAACACUUGAAUAUGUAUUAGAGAGAGAAAUGAGUGGAUCGCACUCCAGUCGAACUGAAGAAAUUCCUUCAUAAAUACACUUCCUGUUGAAUUGUAAGUACAUAGCAUAAAAGUCACCGGACCUCAUAGAGAGCAGAUUACAUUUCUGUAUCUUUAAUUUGGUUUUGCUGUAUGAUGCUGUAUGUGCAAUGUAUAUAAAAGGGUCAACUGCCAUUCGUUUGAUCUCCUGUGUGACGCAUACAUUAGUUACUGUAUGUUUUACUUGCUGAACUGUUAGGUUAAUGGGCAGAAGAUUAUAAAGUGUUUUGUAAGGGGCGACGUCUCUCCCACAGCUCUUAGAAUGCAAGUCUUGCGUUGCUUGUUCUGAAGGCAUUUAGCGUUAAUAAUGAUACAGUCAGGUACUCUUAACUACGUCUCCUAUCAGAUGUCUACUAGCUCAAUGUACAAGGGUUCAUUUAGCAUUUAAGGAAAAAAAAUGGACGGUACUAUCAUAAUGCCUUUCUUUCUCCUGACAUUUCAGUGGAAAGUCGGCAGCUGUACUGUGCUGUUUGCUGCUUCUCCUCUGCCUGGCUUGAGGUGGCUAGUUGCCUUCUAACACACGUGAGCCGUCUUCAGGGGUCUUAAGAAUGUGAAGCACUCCCCAUGUUUGGUUGAUGGCACACAAGGCCGCGUCCUAUAGCGGCAAGGCCAAGAGAGUGGGCGGUGCAAAGACCACUCCUGUUGUAAAUAGGUUGAGAGGGGAGGGGAUCGAUGGUUCAAAUUCAUUCAUACUACCAAUAAUUAGGUGCGAAGUCUCCUGUCGAGAUAUUUAAUAAUCUCUGUUACCGACCAUGUUUUUUGUAGUUAAGUGGCCCUGCAAGCAGGACUAUUGCAAGUGUCUCCUUCCUUAUUUAUUUGUGAUUUGGCCUCGACGAUAAUGUAAUGAAAUAAAAAUGAGUUUGUGUUGUAA